UGACAAUAGAUAGUUGACAUUCUGGUUGACAUUGACGUGUUAAAAAUCGUUCGUUUAUCUUUGCGGAUUGUUUUUCUUUAAAUUAAGUAAUAAAUAAAAAAAACUGCAACUACCUCAAGUAAUCUAUACCAAAUAUAAUAAGUGUGAACAAUAUGUUGAAGGCUGUAAUACUUAUUGGUGGACCACAAAAAGGCACCCGCUUUCGUCCCCUGUCUCUGGACACACCGAAACCCCUGUUUCCGAUAGCAGGUCUGCCCCUAAUCCAACACCACAUAGAAGCAUGUGUCAAACUGAAGGAAUGCAAGGAGAUCCUUAUUAUAGGUGCCUACCCCACCACAACAAUGGCUCAGUUUGUCACAGACAUGCAAAAAGAACAUCAUGUUAUUAUAAGAUAUCUCCAAGAGUUCACACCACUUGGCACAGGUGGUGGACUGUACCACUUCAGAGACCAGGUCCGAGCUGGUAAUCCCACUGCAUUCUUCCUACUGAACGGAGAUGUGUGUGCCGACUUCCCACUUAAGGAAUUAUGGAAUUUCCAUGAGGAGAGGACGAAUGCACUUGUAACAAUCAUGGCCACAGAAGCUACGCGCCAGCAGUCAGUGCAUUAUGGUUGUAUGGUUCGAGAGGCCUCCACCAAAGCCGUCAGCCAUUAUGUGGAGAAGCCCAACAGCUAUGUAUCAACACUGAUCAACUGCGGAGUGUAUGUGUGUUCGUUGAACGUGUUUCACACAAUGGCCGAUGCUUUCCAAAGGAAACAGGAUGGAUUUUACAGUGGCAACGGUCAAGGCAGUCCGCAUCCUGGGCAUAUGUCAUGGGAACAGGACGUGUUGGCACCGCUCGCGGGCACCAACAAACUUUACGCUAUGCAGGUGGUAAACUGGUGGUCGCAAGUGAAAACAGCCGGAUCAGCGAUAUACGCAAACCGCCAUUACCUAGAGCUGCAUCGCGACCGACUGACGCGGACUGACGCGUGUCAAAUCCUGCCUGACGUGUUCUUACACCCCACUGCCGUCGUCGACCCUACUGCUGUGAUAGGUCCAAACGUGUCGAUCGGCGCCGGCGUGACUGUCAAAGCUGGCGUCAGGAUAAAGGAAUCCAUCGUGCUGAACAACGCCACCAUAAACGAUCACGCGCUGGUCAUGUACUCCGUCGUGGGCCAGGAGGCGUGCGUGGGCGAAUGGUCGAGGGUGGAGGGCACCCCAUCCGACCCCGACCCAAACAAACCGUUCGCCAAGAUGGACAACACGCCGUUGUUCAACACAGACGGACGGCUCAACCCAUCCAUCACUAUACUUGGCGCAGGAGUCGUUGUACCAGCAGAGACAAUACUUCUCAACUCUAUAGUGUUACCGCACAAACAUCUGUCAAGGAGUUUCAAGCACGAAAUAAUUUUAUAGUACAUUUUAUAUAAGAAGAGACUGAUAAGUGUCCACAGGGUCUCAUAAUAGUGUAAUUUUUUAGUGGCAAAAGGACCGGGAGCCAGCAACGAAAAUUUAUUUUCUAUGGAUUUGUUUUUUAAUCUGCCUGAUAUGCUCUGUCAGAAACAAUAUUUGUUAAUAUUUCUUCGCCUUAAUGGCAGCGUGGGUUGUGGAUCGGAAGGUUUGAGGUUUGAAUCCCAUGUUGAGUAACACAUGUGUUGGUAUUACUUACACGAAUUGCCCAGGGCUAUAUACCCAAAAAAAUAUUUUCGCUGGACCAGAGAGUCGGUUGUAAAAACUAAGGUAAAUCCUCAAUGGCCACUGCAUGACUCACGUACAAUAAUUAUAUUAAAUAGUAUACCCGGUUUCGAACAGGCCGGCAUAAUUAUGUCGACUGGCUAGGGUUAAUCAUCUAUGUCGCCAUUCCACUUACCUAGGUGAAGUAAUUUUGUCGACUGGAUAAAAAGCUAGAUUUUGUCCGAGCCCCGCCAUUUAUUACAAAAAAAAAACACUAUUAUAUAAAAGACUUUACUUAUAUGAAUUUAUUCCAAAUAUAAUUUAAGUUUCUAAGAUUUAACUGAUAUUUACAUUUUUUAAAUUAAGAACAGAGUACAACCGCCAGUAUGAAAGUGUAUUUGAAAUAUAAAUAAAUAUAUUUAAACAAAAUUAAACCUUAUUUUUCAAUAACUAUGUCGAAAUUGGAAUGAAGCAACGAUGUCGGAAACAAAGAAUUCGAAGUAGGUAUCUAUGGAAUCAAUGUUUUUAAUAAAAUAUCAUUUUAAUGUAAAUGCGUAUAAAAUUGGGUUGAUUUUUAUCAUCUAAAUAUAUAUCUACGCGUGGAAUGUUAAUAGAUUUACGCGACAUUUUUCUGCGACACUAAGUUUCGUACAUAUUUAAAAUCAGCACUUUUUUCUAUGUUUUUUUAACCUAGUUAUUUUUUUUUUCUAUAUAGAAUGUCGCUUAAGGCGAUACCUUAAGGUCCAUUUUCAUACAUUUUGUUUCACCUUUAAUCUGGGUAACUAAACAAGUAUUGGCAAGUAAAGAAUUUAAAUUCACGUCUAGUUAGUGAUUAGUUCUCGCAGUUGAAAGAAAAACGUAAAAGUAAUUAAUAAUCAUGGAUAUUUCUGCCUUUAAAAUUUCGUCAUAUUAAAUUGGAAUGGAAUCAAUGUUUUUAAAAAAAUAUUUUUAUGUAAAUGUAUAAAAAAUUGGGUUGAUUUUUAUCAUGUAAAUGUUUUUUUUUUUGUUAUAAAUAUUUGUUGUAUGUAUGCAUACGCGGUACGUCUUCUGCUUUGAGGUCCUGGUUUUGAAUUCCGGGUCAGCAAGCAAUAUUGGAUUUUUCUGUUUAGUAAAAGCCUGGAGUUUGGAAUUUGUGUUCAAUAUGGCGAUAGGCUCAGGAGGUUACUGGUGGUAGGUCUCUCAUAAGUGAGAGUCCGCCUGGGUAGGUACCACCGCAAUGUCUAUUUCUGCCGCUAAGCAGCAGGGUGUAGUCACUGUUGUGUUCCGGUUUGAAGGACAUUGUAGCGAGUAACUACUGAACAAUAAUAAGACUUAACACCUCAGGAUUUCGAGCGCAGUGAAAUACCAAACAAUACUUUGUAAUUCAAUGUGUUGGAUGGUGUUUCUACUGUUUAUGGGCGGUCGUAUCGCUUACCAUCAGGCGAACGGCAAGCUCGUCUCGUCAUUCAAAGCAAUAAAAAAAAGGCUCGCCCGCUAUCAUUGGAUGAAAUACAUAUGACGAAAAGGGGAUGCACUGGUUUCGCCUCUGCCUACCCCUUCGGAGUUAAAAGGCGAGUAUAUGUGUGCUAUAACACUUACUCUGUCCGAAUAAUUUCAAAGUUUGUUGCCUCGUUUCAAUUAUCAACAAAGGAUGUUAUAAAUUAAUUAUUAUUCAAUAUUUACAUUCAAAUAUCUGUUAUAUUGACAUAAGUACGCAUAGCUGUAAUUCUGACGUCACUAAAAACAACAAUUGAUGAUUCAUUCGCCAUUAUGUUUGGAAAUUAAUUUUAUUCCGACUGUGUUAACAAAGAGUAAUAUUUUGAAGAAUCGAAUGUGUUCUUUGACCGUGUUUUUUAACCGACUUUAAAAAUGAGGUUAUCAGUUCGACGUGAAUUUUUUAAAUAUUAAGUUCGGGCAAAGGGAUAGGGCUGCCUAUUCCGUCCAUGCAGGCAUAUCCGUCUUUUUGAAAUUAUGUGCGUUCUAAUCAAAGCACAGUUUUGAUAGCCUUAGGUAUAGCUAAAUAGAAGAUUUAUGAGUCUCCUUAUACGGCUAUGGAAACUGUCUUUUGAAUAAAACGCCUGAACUUGCAAAAAGACGGAUAUGCCCCUAUAUUGACGUGCUAUACGCAAAAAUGGUAUAUCAGGGAAACCUUAUUUCGAGAUAAUCGAAGUUUUGUAAAUAUAGUUUUAUAGUUUCGUAUGUAAAACUGUGAUAGAGAAACUCUUUUAAGGUUUUUUUACAAGUUCUAAACAAGAUACCAUUAUUUAGGUAAGUUCAUUGGAUGGGUAUUUCUUUAAGUUAUCUGACGACAUCAAAAUCAAUAUUUUGUUUUUUUUUUUGAGAUACCGCAUUUCAGCUUAGCACGACAGUAUAGUUGGAAUAGGGCUCCCUGACCUUACCUCACCACUCAGUCAUUUAUUAAAACAGAUUUGGAAAAUUCUUUUUUAUUUUUAUUGUUUGAUACAAGUCAUGUUUUAUGGCAGUUUUCAAUAAGCAAUCUUAAUCUGAAUGUUCAAUUCGAUCCCAACGAUAAACCAAUCUAAAUAAAACAAUUGUAAGUGUGCAAUUAACUAUUUAGUCCCCUCAGAAUGUCCCAAAUAAUGACACUCUUCUUCUUUCAUUAUGGCUGCCACUGUUUAUUUAUUGGUGAUUUUUCCAAUGUCGAGUACUUACAGCAGAUACAAAAUAAAAAGAUACUAUAAAAUCAGAUCACUAUUUUACAAAAAUCCAUAAAGCGACUCGUAACGAUGAUUAAUUUUGAUGUUUGUGAUUGGUCGAACGAUCGAUGCGUCUGUCACGUGUCAGUCUCUCAACCAAUCACAAUAAAACGACACGGGUGUUCUUUUUCGCCACGUUUUAAGCAUACUGAUUGCUCCAUUUUCGGAUUGAAGAGAUUGGGUUAUUGAAUACGGCCAUAAGUAAUUAUAACUAGUAAUAAGUAUUAUGUGAAUGAUGGUGCUGUGAAUAAACGAAAUUAGCACA